UUAAAUAGUGAACCUGGCCUUUUCGUUUUCCUAAGUCUGAGAGAAACUCUGAGAAAACAAAAGGAAGAAAUGAUGCAACCGUGUUCGAUGCUGAUCAAUCUCGCUUGUAUUAUUACCGUCUCGUAUACGGUUUCGGGACAUCCCAUUUCCUUCCUGCCACGGUAUGCCGUCGAACGAGCCGCCGAACGUAGAAGCAUAGGAAGGCAAAUGGUGGAGCACAACUCUAACUUCCUCACACCGUUGUCGGAAUACGGGUCGCGAAAUGUUGAAUCCAAGCCAGUGAAACCGUGGACCAAAAUCAAUCAGAAUCCCGUGAACGGUAUCAAAGCCGCCGCAGGGAGCAGGGUAGAGUUGGAGUGUAAAGCUAGCGGCAGCCCGCCACCGGAAGUUUUCUGGUUCACAGGAAGCGGCAGCAAUGAACAAUUCACCGAGUACAUAAGAGCCAGCACGCAUUCUCUGUACGAUCCAUCCGAGGAGUGGAGAGGAAUGGCCGAAAUUAAUUCGAAGCUCGUGAUAGAAUGCGUUACUCCGGAUGACGCUGGAUUGAUCUACUGUGCGUCGGUUUCGGCGAGAGAGGUGAAGAUCUCCACUCCUACGGAGCUGCUGGUUAACAACGAAGUUGGUAACGGUAAUUGUAGUUCCGAAAGCGAUCUAACAAUCACCCUCUACACACCGACGCUGGUAGCCAACAUAGGAGCAACCGUGGUGCUGCCAUGUAGAGCGAAUGGGAAACCAACGCCGCAAAUUACUUGGGUGGAUAACUACAACGUACCGCUGAGCCUAUCCAAUAAUUUGCGGCACAGAGUAUUGGACACCGGUGACCUACUGAUAGAAGAGCUCUUCUGGGAGGACAUGGGUGGUUACACUUGCAAAGCGAAAUCUGGAAGUCGUCAACAAGUCGUCAGCACAUUCCUCUAUCCCUUACGCCCUGAGAAAGAAGUGGAUCGAACGGUUAACUGA